AGCGGCACGUGGGGCUCGGGGGCGGGGUUUGUUUUCCGCUCCCGCUCGGCCGCGCCGCGAGGGUGGUCACGUGGGGCGCGCGCCAUGGCGGCUCCGGCGGACGGCGCCGACCUGGAGGCCUCGCUGCUGAGCUUCGAGAAGCUGGACCGCGCCUCCCCAGACCUGUGGCCCGAGCAGCUGCCCGGCGUUGCCGAGUUCGCCGCCUCCUUCAAAAGCCCCAUUACAAGUUCUCCUCCCAAGUGGAUGGCUGAAUUAGAAAAUGAUGAUAUUGAUAUGUUGAAGGAGUUGGGGAGCCUUACUACAGCUAAUCUGAUGGAAAAAGUUCGUGGUCUGCAGAACCUGGCUUAUCAACUGGGACUGGAUGAAUCCACUGCUCUCCUGAGAUGGCAGUUCAACUCUCUCUGAAAUUGGGCUUGGGGUAGAAUUCACUGCUAGAGAAAUGACUCGAGGGAAAUUCCUGAACAUCCUAGAGAAACCCAAAAAGUAACUGCAUCUAACAUUUGGAUGAAAAUACCCCAACUAAGUAGUUUUAUGUACUGCAGAUCCAGAUGAAGCCCAGAAAGUCUAAGAAGAACAAAGCUCUUGCUGUAGACCUUCAGAAGCAAGCAUCUCUUUUUGCUUCCACAGCUCAUCUCUUCAUGGGAGAAAUGUACAAUAUGCAGAGGUCACAGGGACUGCAGUUGGUUGCAUUGGAAUUCGGACUUCAUCUGACCAUAGGAUGUCCAGCAGGAGGACUUGGCCCUGACAUGCUGUGACACAGUUACCUGUUUCAAUCAGCAGCUCAAAGUGAACAGCCAGUGUCCUUACUCAGCUGCUCUCAGGGGCAGCCUGUUUGAGGUACACAGCAGAUCUGACACUGGCCAGUGUCCAUCAUGAGGCCUUGACCUUUGGUGUGUCUUCUGUCUUAGAUGCAUUGAUUUCCUGUGUGCAACGUCUGUGCUGAAGGAUUCGAGCAUAGUUUGGGGUGUGGAUAGACCAGGAGCACCAGCACUCAGCAGGAGCACAUGCUUUUAGUGUAGAAGCCAAGUGCAGUCUCUGCAUCAGAUUCCAGCUGCCCACUGCCUUCAGAGAAGCACAUCUAGUACCUCGAGGAAGAGCUCCAGACCUUUUGUGUGCCAGGAGCUUCAUUUCGCUGCUGAGUGGUUCUCUAAGUGAAAUUGAAACAGACCACAGGGAGUAAGAAGUGUUACUGUGUCUCCAGGAAGAUAUCCUCACUGAAGCUUUGGCCAGUACACAAAGAAACAGCUUUGUCAGUUCUCUGCAAUUCUUUGCUUCUUGUAGGGCUAGAAACUGGAAAGAGUUCUAAAGUUGAAAGAUGGUAAUGUUUUCAGUCCAAGAAGUGGCAUCAGAACUGUUAGCCACAUGGUGAAGAUGGUCUGCCUAUACAGGAUCUCACUGUUUCUGAAAAUAAUGUUUUGUGGUAUUUUUUAAUUGCUUAUAAACCAGCACCUCAAAACUUUCUUCUCCUACAAACCCAGAAUUUUAAAGAUAAAAACUUCUGUGAGCUGCUUUCUUUCAGAAUACUCUGAUUACCAUUUAAUGCCUUUUUCUUCUGUUCAUGCAAUUCUACAUAUUCACCCUUUGGAAGAGGUAUAGAGCAUGUUCAGACUUUCGGUUUUAUUUAAGAAAAUUUUUUUUUUCAUUUCAUCCUCUUUCCUUUUCCUAGAAAAAAACAUUUUAAGCAUUAGUAAAUAUGUUCUUUUUUAGGAUACAACACAAUGUUGAAACAUAACAUAAUAUAAUUUUUACCGUGUAUAUUUUUACCAUGCAGGCUUUUCAAAUCGUGUCAUUUCUCAGGCUGUAGUCACAUAUGAGAGGAGAAAUUAUUUGGAAAUAGUACAUGUAACAGGCUGUCCUUACAGCACUGCAUUUUUCUGGCUUUGCAGAGAGAGGGGACUCUUUUUGGGUGUGUGUGCAAUAAAGAGGGGGAGAUUUUUUUGAUCAAAUAGACUUCUGAGUUUUACUGAAUUGCUGGUGACCCUUUGGUUUGCAGUCUGUGGUUUUUGGUUAUUGCCACUCAAAACUAGUCUUGUUUUGGACAGCUCUGAUUAACUAAGUUUAAGUAGUUAAAUCCUACAUCCUGGAAAGACCCUGCACAAAUUUAGAAAUAUCAGGAGCCUGAUUUAAGACUUAACUGAGUUAUUUCUGUCCUUCACAGUUUAUGCAGGGCUGAGCUUAACAGGAACUCCAUCCCUUGAGAACAUGAGAAUUAAGAGAGAUGAAUGAGAAGAGAAGCUGAAAGUGGUAGUUCAGGAACAGAAAAAAACCCGAUGGUGAAAACUGAUGUUGAUGUAGCUUUAAGCUUGUAUUAUAGAUUUGGAAUGCAAAUUUAAGUUUGCAUACUAUAUAUGUAAUGUAUGUACACAUAUAUGACAUAAUGGGAUACUUGAUCUGUAUCACCAGUAUUUUAUAGAGGUUUCUUUGUCCAAUACAUUAAGGAAUUGAGAUCUGAAAGGAGGAUAUAGGAAAAUAUAUGAAAGCCUGUCCUGGAAGUAUAUGUGUAUUUUCUGAUAUGUGCCGUAAGAAAUUUCAAACUCUAGGUGGUUUUUAGUAACAUACAUAUGUUAAAAAAAAAGAAAAAAAGAAAAAUCUCCUUUUGUUAUACACAGUAAUCAUCUUCUAUAGGGCAGCCAUUAACAUAUGCUUUAGAAUUGUGAUUUUUUUUUUUUAUUUUGUACUUAUCAUCUGUAGAGAUAAGUCAAUGAUGUUAUUUUUUAUUGACAAUAUGUAUAUGUAUUUUUGUGUGUUAGCCAGAGAAAUUUUUUCUGUCUGUUAUUGCUUUUUGGUUUAAUAAUAUGCAAAUGCAAACCUCAGAGGUUUGUCUGGGUUUCCAAAAUAGCCGUCUGAUAGCAACCCAAUAGUGGCUUUUGCUUGGCCACUUAGGCAAUACUAUUCCUCAGGCUCUUCUUCACUUAUCUGCAUGACACCAUCUCAGGGUUUGGCCUGUGGAUCUUCCAUUCCCAUCAGUAAAUAAAUAUUUGUCAAUAUACAAAUGCUACUAAGGGUUUUUGUACCCUUUUGAACCCAAUUUUUUCCUUCAGUGCUAUCCUUCCUGACAUCCAUGCAGCUAUCUAUCUGUACAAGAAAAUCUGAAUGACUUUUUGUUACUAAUGGGAAUGAAGAGUGUAAGAAAAUCAAGAUUUGGUAAUAUUAAUCAAGCUGAUGCAUUGUUUUAUAAAGUGUUUUCAUGUAUUGGUAUAUUAGAUGUUACUGUGAGUUUCCUGGAAGUAAACUCAAUAUUUAUUUGGUUCCUUUUAAAUGCCAGUCUUACAUACAUUCAGUUAGAAAGGCUAUUCAGUUUGGUCAUGGACUAUCAAAUGUUUUGCUAUCUCAUCCAGCUGAGAAGAAAUUCUUGUUUGUUAUGUUAAUCAUUAUGAAAAUAAAAGUCUGUGUGCACUGGCAA